CAACUGAAAGCCUGAAACUGAGUAAUAUGGAGCAGAGAAGGAUCUGUCUUUCAAAUUAUUUUUUGAGAAAAUAGAAAAAAAAAAAAAGUUUUCUUCUUCUUCUUCUUCUUCUUCCUUUAUUAGUAGAUCACUUGAGCAAGUUGAGAUCUAUUUCUUCUGUAUCUGUUGAGCUUUGACCUCAGAUUUGUUCUGUCAAACUUUCAUGGGAAAGUCCCACUCAACUUCUGGAUUCGGUUUCCCUUUAAUAAUUUAAACCCCUUCACAGAUCCCUCUUCCCAAUACUUCAAAAUCCACACUUUUUCUGACAAUUCUUCCCCCACAUUCGCUCUCACUCUCCCAUUUCUUCUCUUUUAAUGGCGCUUUCUUCUUCCAACUGAUUUUCUACUCCAAUUUCCAUCUGGGUCUUUGAAUUUCUUCUUUUUUUGAAUUGUUCUGUUUCUCUGUUCUUCUUUUGGAUCCGAACCCAGAUGGCUCCGAGCUCUGUUGUGGUCACAAUUGAGAAGCACAACAGCUUCCCUCUUGUGGAAAUCAAUGCCUCUGAUUCGUUGUUACUUCCCGAGAAGCAGAAGGCUGCCAGUCCGAAACAGCUCACGUGGGUUCUUCUUCUCAAAGCCCACAGAGCUCUGUUUUUCUUCUCGUGGAUGGCUUUAACUGUCAAGACUGUGUUUACUUCUGUUAAGAAACGCAUUGCUCAUGCGGACAUUAACGGGGAAAAUUCCAAAAACCGAGGGAAAUUGUACAGAUUCAUCAUAGCCUUUCUCGCCAUUUCCAUCGCGGCUUUAAUCGUUGAAAUCGUCGCCCAUUUCAAGAAGUGGAAUCUGCGAGUGAUUCAGCCAUUGGAGCUCGAGGUUCAAGGACUCGUCCAAUGGUUUUACGUCUCCUGGACUUCGUUCCGAGUCGAUUACAUUGCUCCACUGGUACUUAUGCUUUCCAAAUUCUGCAUUGUUCUGUUCUUGAUCCAAUCUCUCGACCGUCUUGUUCUCUGCCUUGGCUGCUUCUGGAUCAAAUUCAAGAAAAUCAAACCCACGAUUCAGGAAGAUGCUUAUGAUUUGGAAGACGCUUCGACUUUCCCGAUGGUUCUUGUUCAAAUCCCAAUGUGCAAUGAGAGAGAGGUUUAUGCACAAUCGAUUGCUGCUGCUUGUCAGCUUGAUUGGCCGAGGAAUCGGAUUUUGAUUCAAGUUCUGGAUGAUUCAGACGACGGAAAUCUUCAACGUUUGAUCAAAGAAGAAGUUCUAUCAUGGAAUGAGAAGGGUGUUAAAAUAAUUUAUAGACAUAGAUUGAUCCGAACUGGGUAUAAAGCUGGGAAUCUCAAGUCUGCCAUGGCUUGUGAUUAUGUUAAAGAUUACGAGUUUGUAGCUAUUUUAGAUGCAGAUUUCCAGCCCAACCCUGAUUUCCUUAAACAAACGAUCCCCCAUUUCAAGGGAAAUCCUCAGCUGGGUCUCGUCCAAGCUCGGUGGGCGUUCGUUAACAAGGACGAAAACUUACUUACGAGGCUCCAAAACAUCAACUUGUGUUUCCACUUUGAAGUGGAACAGCAAGUAAAUGGGGUUUUCCUGAACUUCUUUGGAUUCAAUGGAACCGCAGGCGUCUGGAGAGCAAAAGCACUUGAGGAAUCAGGUGGCUGGCUCGAGCGAACAACCGUGGAAGAUAUGGAUAUUGCAGUUCGAGCACACUUGAAGGGAUGGAAAUUCAUCUUCCUCAAUGAUGUUAAGGUGCUCUGUGAAUUGCCUGAAUCAUAUGAAGCUUACAAGAAACAGCAACACCGUUGGCAUUCUGGUCCAAUGCAGCUCUUCAGAUUAUGCCUUCCUUCAAUCAUUACUUCAAAGAUAUCAAUAUGGAAGAAGACCAACUUGAUAUUUCUGUUCUUUCUGCUGAGAAAACUCAUACUUCCCUUUUACUCAUUCACUUUGUUUUGCAUAAUACUUCCAUUGACAAUGUUCAUUCCAGAAGCAGAAUUGCCUCUCUGGGUAAUCUGCUACAUCCCAGUCUUCAUGUCCUUACUAAACAUUCUUCCAUCCCCAAAAUCCUUCCCCUUCUUGAUCCCCUACCUCUUGUUUGAGAACACCAUGUCGGUCACGAAGUUCAACGCCAUGGUUUCGGGGCUAUUCCAGCUCGGAAGUUCCUACGAAUGGGUCGUGACAAAGAAGACAGGACGAUCAUCCGAAUCAGACUUCUUAGCACUCGCAGAGCGAGAGUCGAAAUAUUCGAACGAGGAGAAGAUUCUGAGGAGGCAUUCGGAGUCGGGGCUCGAGUUGUUGAGCAAACUGAAUCAAGAAGAGACGCAAAAGGGUUCAAAGAAGAAGAGAAACAAGGUGUAUAGAAAAGAGCUUGCUCUUGCUUUUCUGCUGCUCACUGCAGCUGCUAGAAGCUUGCUGUCAGCACAUGGAGUUCACUUCUAUUUCUUGCUUUUCCAAGGUUUGUCAUUCCUGGUGAUGGGGUUGGACUUGAUUGGUGAGCAAAUGAACUGAAAAAAGUUUGGAGUGGAUUUGAUUAAGUUUCUUUUGGUGUUUUAGGCCCUUAAAAAAAUGGGCAGAAAUGGAUUAAAAAUUAUAGAUUUUGAAAGAAAAAAAGGGUAUUUGGUGUUUGAAAAUUUGGUAGAUAAAGAUUUUAGAGGUUUUUUUUUCAGUAAAUUUGUACAAUGAAACGAUAUAGUAUUGUUAGUAUAUGGGUUUCAAACACGAAA